CGACAUUCAGAAUGGCAGGCUUGUCGACUUUAAUCCUCCUUUUGUGUGCUGCUAAAGAUGUGAUGCCCUCCAGUUCUCACGGGAAACCAACUUGGCCAUCUUACAGAGUUCCAGUUAUCCUGCCACAGUCUACCCUUAACUUGGACAAACCACAGUUUGAUGCUGAAGCCAGACUGGAAGUGGUAUCUCCCUGUGGCCCUGCGUGCCACAAAAGUUCUCCGCUGCCAACGUAUGAAGAAGUGAAGAACUAUCUGUCCUAUGAAACCUUGUACGCUAAUGGUAGCCUCACUGAAACUGAAGUGGGCAUAUAUAUUCUGAGCAGUAGCGGUGAUGGGUCUGAAGGCAAAUCUCGAACUAAGAGACAGAUCUAUGGGUAUGACAGCAGGUUUAGCAUUUUUGGGAAAGACUUCUUACUGAAUUACCCAUUUUCCACAUCGGUGAAGCUAUCUACAGGUUGCACGGGGACACUAGUGGCUGAAAAGCACGUUCUUACUGCCGCUCAUUGUAUCCAUGAUGGCAAGAGUUAUGUCAAAGGAGCUCAGAAACUGCGGGUGGGGUUCCUAAAGCCCAAACUGAAAGAUGGCAGCAAAGGGGCCAAUAUCACCAACUCGGCAAUGCCUGAGAAAAUGAAAUUCCAGUGGAUCCGAGUGAAACGGACACACGUCCCCAAAGGAUGGAUCAAAGGCAAUGCCAAUGACAUUGGCAUGGAUUAUGACUAUGCCCUGCUGGAGCUGAAGAAACCUCAUAAAAGAAAGUUUAUGAAGAUAGGUGUGAGCCCACCAGCGAGACACUUGCCUGGAGGGAGGAUUCACUUCUCUGGCUAUGACAACGAUCGUCCGGGAAAUCUGGUUUACCGUUUCUGUGAUGUCAAAGAUGAAACCUAUGACCUGUUGUACCAGCAGUGUGAUGCCCAGCCGGGUGCGAGUGGAUCUGGGGUGUACGUGAGGAUGUGGAAGAGGCAGAAUCACAAAUGGGAGCGUAAAAUUAUUGGAAUAUUUUCAGGUCAUCAGUGGGUGGACAUGAAUGGCACCCCACAGGAUUUCAAUGUAGCUGUUCGCAUCACACCCCUCAAAUACGCACAGAUCUGUUACUGGAUCAAAGGCAACUACCUUGACUGCAGGGAAGGAUAAAAACAAUGAAACUUAUUGAAAGCACUUAAUGACUGGUGUUAAUUACUAACCUGAGGAAAGGCUAGACCUCUGCUGCAAAUGUUUGUGAUUUGAUCUUUUAACAUCGGGAUGUGAUGAUAUAUAGUUUUUCAAGCAAGCCACCUUGCUCUUGGGACAGGGGCUGUGUGGUUCUGUCUUACAGCUAGAAACUGGGGAGAAAGGAAGGUCUGUUGGGUGGGGAGGAGCAGGUGGCUUGCUGAAUUUGCAGCUGAGCAACUGAAGAUUAAUUAGGGGCGGAUCGGUAAACAGUACGAAAUCAGAACCGUCUCCAAAGAAUCUUACAAAAGGGACGCUGUUGACUAUCUCAUGCCUACAAUGUUUGUUUUAAUAAAUCCUAGGAUUAGUAGAAAUGCUUCGAUCUGAACUUUUAAAAGAAAAUAUUUCUAUGCUGUUGGGGGCUGAAGAGGGCCAUUUAAUGGUGUUUGCAACCCAAACAUUACAGCUUUGUGUUCCUGCAUGAGAAAGGGAGUGUGGAAAGGGCAAGGCGUGCGCCGUGGGAGAUGAAUGCCACACAAAUAGCGUGAAGGGUAAAUAACGCGUAACACUUCUAACCUUCUUUCGGCCUGAGUGAUUUGAGACUUUAUUAGUAACAUAGUUAAGAAAAAUGCUUUUUGAACAAACAGACCUUGGUGUU